AUGUCUUCGAUGCCCAAGAGGAAGAAAGUGCCCGCAUCAGGCGGCAUCAGGAAUUACUUCGCACCUAUUCAAAGACCCCAGAAAAUACCCAGCUCAUCUCAGGCAUCCUCCAGCGCCCUCAGCGCUCUAACAGUUACACCAACACCACCUGACGCGGCUCUGACUCUGAGUCCUCCGUUACAGGAUGCAAUCGUUGUCCAGACAUCUCCGCCCAGGCUCGGCUCUGUCUCCUUACCGGUCACCCCAAAGAAACCCGAGCCAAGGAGACCAGUGAGCAGGGAUGCAGUCAUCGCCGCUUCCGACGAUGAAGACAGCGAUGUCUCCUUCGAGGCCCUAGAGGACAUCUUGGCCGCUCGCCAAUGCCCCGCUACUCCGGCGAAGUGUCGGACGCCUAACGCAAUGUUCUCAACUCCUCAGAGGAAGAGGGGAGACUCCAUCUUCUCGUCGCCUCUAACUAUCCAGCCGCGAGAGCCCCAGUUCAAAAUGGCUGACCUGCUCAACGCUGCAAAGAGGGAUAGUAACAUCGAGGCCAGUCUGUCGCGCUUUCACGAACGGGAGAAAGAUACAGGCGUGAAAAAGUUUGAGUUUAAGCUGGCAGGCGAGUCCUUGCGUCGAACCCUGGAAGCUACCGUGGGCGAUGAGCAUGACCAUAGGUUGGACAAGGUGGUCAGGGCUGUGGAGCGGACUGAGCCUAUCUCCAAGAGAGGAGGCUGGUUCUUCUUUCAGCCUGCUGAAGAGACUCGCCUCUCCAAUCGCCAUAAAUUUCCAUCUAGAUCCGUAAACGCCAUCUGUGGUAGGCAACCAGCCGUCAAGCAUGAAAAGGAUCUUGAUUUAAACUACCUCAACAAGUCCAUGCGUCUUACCAAAUCUCCGCUUCCAGAUGAACUCUUUUUGUGGCUCUUGGAUGAGCUCUGCACCGAGAGGUCUGGUAUGAGGAGAGAAGGCAUGUGUGAACUGGUGCGGCUCUGCAGCGAUGACAUUGCCGCCGACAAACUCACCCCGAGAUAUCUUGAGGGGUUGUUCUUGCGCCUCGGCGCAAAUCAAGACAUCAAGUCUCUUUCCAAGAAAAAGAGGCUGAAGCCCGUCCGAUCCUCUGACGAAGGGUUUUACAAGCGAGACUGGCAAUGUUUGUGCUCAGUUCUUAACAUGGUCUGGAUUAUUGCUGAGAAGCUUUCAACCGAAUCGUCAGUCUAUCUCAUCCAGCUCCUCAUCGCCAUGUCCGUGGAUCCUGAACUUUUACACGAUCCUGGGGUAAUGGUUUCGUACCGGCAUCUUCUCCAUCAACUCGUGGCUGUGCUGCCGAGGGAGCAGUGGGAUAACAUUUGCGAGGAGGUAACCUCGACCAUAUAUUACUCGUUCACCUCGGCUCCAAUGCGUCUCAGGUCACUUCAGACCCUACCCCCAACAAACACUAGAAUGCAUGACUUGAGGCGACGGAUGGCUGCCGUCUAUUUCUUUAACGAUAUCUCAUUUGCAAGGCAAUCUCCCGACCUGUCAUUCACUUUGACAGAUAUUAGGCAGCACCUGCAGAGUAGCAAGUUCAAAAUCAAGUCCGACACGGAUUAUGACGAACUUAGAGCACUGGUCCUUCUGCUUGACAUGACCAUCGACUCCGGAUUCAAGUCCGAUACUACCGAUCCCUUGCAGCACGAUAUCGCGAGAAAAUCGUUUGACGAGGAAAUCGACAACAUCACCACCCUCCUCAAAGAGCUCGCAAGAAGCAUCAAUGAUGCGGGGAUGAAGUCCAUCGUUCCGAUGGAGGCCAAGCUGGCCAUGGAAUGGGUUGGCGAGAGACUAACCUACACCGUCCGCACGAAACCAGUGCCCAAGAUUAGCAUUUAUGACAUACCAGGCCCGAUCCUCCAGCACGACGCCGGCUAG